AUGGAAAUUAAGAAGAGCAAAAGAAGUAGAGCUUCCACUGAGGGGAAAGAAUUAAACAGAAGGACACAACCGAAUAACCAUCACAAGCAGGAAAGUGCGAAAAGGCUCAUCCAUUGCAACGAUUCGGAGGAUAAAAAAAACACAGAUAGCAAUUCCAACAUUUUAAGUAACACGUAUGAUAAUAUCUACGACGAGCUCUCAUCCAACUAUGAAGAUAGCGCAUGCAAAUCGAAUGACGACUUGACGGAAUUUUACCUGUACAAAGAAAUUAACAACCAUAAGUAUAAUAACAAUUUGUACGACUUCUACUUGAGUAAGUUUAAUAGUAACCUCGAGGAGAAGGACAAGCUGAACGAGUCGAACGAGUUGAUCCAGUUGAACCAGUUGAACCAGUUGAACGAGUCAAACUUGAGCCUUAUUAAUAAAAUCCCCCGCGUAAAGAAGAAACACAACUGUGGAGGCAAAAAUGAUGAAGAAAAGACAGAAAGGGGGAGAGAGCCAAAUGGGAAUGAAAGGACGGCAGGGGAGGAACGCCCAGGGAGGGAGGAGCCCCUGGGGGAGGGAUCCACCUAUCGUAACACCAAGCACAAUCAUGCAGACCCGUUUGAAAAGGAAAAUGAGGAAAAACUAGCCGAGUUGAGAAAGAAAUACAGGCACAUCAUGCUUUAUUCGUCGGAAGAACCACUCAAUGGAGACCCCGCAAAGGAGCGUUCCACGGAACAGGCAGACCAGAUGAAGAAAAAGAAAAGGAAAGACCAAAGGGAAGAGCAAAGGGAAAACCAAUGGGAAGAUCAAAAUGUAGCCCCAAAUGCAGAGCCAAAUGACGAGAAAGAAAACCUGUACAACAUCUACUUCAACACGCUGAUAAACAAAUGCGAUUACACCAUUUCGUGCUACAUGUACAAGAAGACGAAUGCCACGCAUAUUUAUAGGAAAAAAAUCCUAGUUUUAAAGAAGCACUAUUUAAUUCUGAACAAAUUUAAACAGAAUAUUAAUAACAUCUACAAAGGUAUGCACCGAGAUGUGUAUGAUAUAUCUCAUUCUAGGUAUGGAAAUAUUUACAAAAGCUCGAACAAUAUUUACAAAUUCAGUGUGUAUGCGAAACGGUUGAGCAGAACGGAUGGCUCUUCCACCUCAGAUAAUAGUAAUUUUUUUUCUUUAAAAAAGAAGAAGAAGAAAAAAAAAAACAAUUACAAAAUAUCAAAUGAUGGAUACCACUUCAACAAUGAGCACAUCCGUUUGGCUAACCACAACGUGAAUGUUAUCAUCGAGUUGAUCAAUUUAAUGAAAAUGAUUUCUAUCUAUGGCUCCAUAAAAAAGUACAUGAAAAUACUCUUCUUCAAGUACACCAAAAAUGUCUUUUUAAAGAAUUACGAGUUGUAUUAUUCCUCCCCCAAAUAUCUUAACGUGUUGAAGAAAAUUUACAAGUCGAUUCAUGCCAGUGCCUACAAUUACAUAUAUGUAAAUAUUUUAAAAAUUAGGAACUUAGAACAAAUUAAGUACAAUUACAUAUACGCCAUAAUUGACGUGGAUAAUUUUUUGUACCACUACAAGUAUGAGUACAAUAGGGACAUGUUCAUACCGCUUUUCACGGACAGGCAAAACAAAGUAAUAUUUUACUUUUACACAGACCUUGAUUUGUAUCUAGGACAUUUUACUCUACACAAUUAUGAAAUUGAAAAGCAUAUCGAUUUUGAUUUGUACAAAAAGGCCGAACUGAGUAGUAUGCAAAUUCAAACCGAUUUCUUUUUAACGAAAAAUACAAAGUACAGAAAUACAUCCAUGUAUAGCUCCACGUCAUCUAACAGGACGGAAAAACUAUUCAGCUCCUUUUGCAAUAAAACGAAUGACCAAGUGUCCAAUGGGCUUUCCCUCCUGAACCAGAAAAAUAUCUUCUUCGAUAAAAAUUACUUUUUUGUGAGAAAGUUACAUAAUGACCAAAAAAAAAAUGCACAGAAAAAUAGCAAAUAUGAAUCUGACUCGAAUGAUGAUAAUUUGUAUGCUCAUAUAUUUAUAUAUAAAAGUAAAAACCGAUUUGAGUACCUGCUACCGUCUCAAAACACCACCAAUGUGCUUUGCAAUGAUGAGGAUCUCUCCAUGACGUAUAACAAUGUUAACAAUAAUUACCAAUUGGUUAAUUUGUUUAUAAAUAAUAUAAAACGAACUAUGCAGAUAAAAAACAGAUUCAAUUAUAUCUUCGAUAAAGUGAACGGCAUAUUCGAAUUUAGAAGCUUCAUCAUUUCGAUCAUUUCAAUUCUUUACCUUUUUUUCUGCUCCUACUGUAAGAACUACAUACACAUUGUGCUCCUUCUAACCGUAGCGUUUCUGAUAUAUAUAAAUAAUGAGAAGAAUUACGAUUUUUGCAAAGACGUCUUGUACGAUUUCCCCAUUCUGUACCUCUUCUUUCCUCAUAAAAUUUUGUGUAAAAUAUCGAAGAAGUCCAAUUUGUACCACCUCCAUACGUUUCUACACAUUUUCAUUCUGAACAGAUUCCCCUCCUUCUUUCAGUACUUGUAUAAACAUUAUAAAUCUAAGUGCGUCUACUUCUUUGCCUACACCCCUGCUUACCUGGGGAAGUACUGCAAUGAUCACUUUUUAAAUAAAAGGAGUACCGAGCAGAGUAGAAGUAGGCCCUCCUUGGGUAGGCUCUCCAAGGUGAAAGGGAGUAGAAGGAGGGGCCUCGAAGAUGGGCACGAUAGAGGAGCUGUGAGGAAAGGCGUGAAGGCUAAAGAUAGGCAGACCAAGACAGAUUCGCUUUUGAGCCCAACCUGCGGUAGCAACGCGGGGGAGGGGAAAACGGAAAGCUGCAAGAGGGGAAACAAUGCCGAUGUGAUUCUUACCAACGUGGUUAACGGUGCUAUUCCUUUGAACGAAGAGCGAGGGAGUAUUCCCAAACCAAGCAGUGACAUCUUUCGCGAGGGAGCAGGUGCCAAUUGCGGGGAAAAAAUCGACUUCAAUUUUGAGGCCAGCAUUAUGGAUGGCAGAAAGGGGCAUACUCAGAACGACCACCGCGCGGGGGAUCUACUUUUUGCAGGAGAAGCGGCGAAGAAUGGAAAAAAUAAGGAAGAUGGAGGCGGCGAGGUGCACGACUCCCCCCAACAGGGCGAAGAUUCCGAGAAGGACAAAAUUCUGAACAACCUGCGAAGGUACUUCAAAAGUAGAAGUGCGGCCAGUGAGGGCGCAAGCGGUAAGGCUGUCGUGGACCGGGACAGCGAUGAGGAGGCCCCCCUGAAAGGAGACAGGGGUGUUAGGAGGCCACAAGUUAAUAGCUAUACCAAUGGGGGAACCAACGAUGGAGAGUACAAUGCAGCGUGCGAUGCGAACGGGGAGGACAAAUGCAUGUACACCAAGCUGCUAAAGCACAGCAAACUUUCUCACAUGAUUAACAACAACAAGCAGUGGCUUAUGGACUACUACGGCAGCGGGGGGUACCAAAAGUUUAGCAGCUCAGACAAGGUGACGAACUUGAACGUGAGCAGCAAAAAGGAUGAAUCGAAUUCUUCUAAGUUAAAAAAUAGCCUCUCCGAUAUGAAGCUUCUACUCGGGGAACACGCAAAAAAGGGAGAAACAGAAAAUUGCAGCGAUAUUGAGGAAAAGAAAAAAAAAAGUGUACAUGACGGGACGUCCAUUGUACGCAGUUCCCUUUCCCUCACUGAAGGAAAACAUUAUUUUGAGCGAAACAGUUCGUUCCUUUCAAAAUAUAAUUACACCGUGUAUGAUGACGUGGAAAAUUAUUCUGAAGAUCUGGGCAUCAACGAAAUUAUGCUGCUCGAUUUGGAAAUUAAAAUUGUAAAUAACAUGAAAAAUAAUUAUUACGAUUUUGCCAGCAGGGAACCUAUUGAGAAGGUGCAAGGGGAUGAAAAAAAUGUAGACGAGUUGGGAGAUCGAAAGAUUUGCGGUAACAGAGAGUUCUGCUUUGAAAUAAAUAACGAGAAAUAUUCUGUUGAUUUAAGUUUAUACGAAAGUAACAGGUACGUCCACUUCUUCAAAUCCGGCAACAGUGUAUGGAGUCGUCGCGCGGUUAACCACCCCCGUGCGAGCUUCCUAUCUAAUGAGCACUAUAGCGACAAGAGUGUGAAAACGAAAGGUAGAAAAAUCACACAAGGGUGCACCGCAAACAGUUGCGAGCGAACACACAACAAUAGCAACAGGAAAAAAAACUUCUACAGCAUUGUUGAAUAUUUCCCUGCAUACUUUUACAACAAAAUUGAAAUUCUAUACAUCAAUUUGAUUUUAAUUUUUAUUUACGUGUAUUGCCUUUUAAUAAUCACCGUGCAUGGAGGACUGAACAACGAUUUUCCCCUAUAUUUUUAUUUCCUAAAUAAAAAAAAGAAAAGAGGAAAAAGAGUGGCAAAACAUAGGGAAAAAAAGAGUGACUGCUCAGAGCACAAUGAAGAAUUGACCAACUUAGAAGCGAAGAAGAAAAGUGAAGAAAAGACCUACACGUCCAACCUGCUGUUCAAAUCAAAACGAAUAUUCAAAAAUUGGAAACAGAAAAGGAAGCUGAAUAAGAAGAACAUCAAGCUUGACUUGGGCAAAAAUCUCUCCUCGGACGCGCUGGACGACCUUAAAGCGGCGAGCCUGUUUGAAAAAAACGUGGAUGCGCUGUUCGGCGAGGAGGGGAAAAGGGGAGAAGAGGAAAAAGAGGAAAAAGAGGAAAAAGCGGAAAAAGCGGAAAAAGCGGAAGUAAAUGAAGGAAUUGAAGAAACGAAAAAAGCAGAAACGAUAACGAAUAAGGACACGUCCAGCAUGAGGGAAGAGCUGCCGCCCGAAGCAGACCAGAAAGACAAAGCACCUUUGACGAAUUGCAGGAAGUCCGGCGAACUUCAACUAAAGGACAGCAUUCAUAGUGAUCAUGUGAAUGUGCUAACUGCAAACCCCCUGCAGAAGGGGAAAGAAAGAAUCGCUCCGUGGCCCACUUUAAAUUCCCCAGUUGAGCUGCCCAGCGUAGAGCAAUGUAGUAUCGCACAGGGGGAAGCGAACGUGAAAGGGGAUCUCGCAGCGGAAGCGCUUCCCAAUAGCGGCGACAAAUUUGCACCCAAAUGUGGGUAUGACUGGGGAGGAGACCUCGGAGACAACUUUGCUGUGAAAACUCGGCAUAACAAGGAUGACCAUUUGGCGUCCCAAAAUGUCUAUGAUUGGGAAGGCUACAUGAGCGCGCAGAACGGAGGGGGGCACCGCGGAGCUGACAUCAGCCGAGUGAAGCCGCACUACUAUGAGGAGAAUCGCACGUGCCAGUGGAGCCCGCGAUACUACGACGAUGGCCGCAUAAGUUGUUUGAAGCCCCACCACAGCAAUGAUAACUUCACGAGCCGGUUGACCCCACAUCAAAGUGAUCCCAACCAGGACCAAUUCUUCAUACCCUUCGAGGAGAGCCCAUUUGAGGAAACCCCCUUCGAGGAGACCCCCUUCGACGAAUUAAAUAACAGCGCGCUUGACGACGGUUUCAAUCGGAAGAAGGGGAAGCACCCCCUUCGCAACAAAUUUAAGAAGGCUAAAUAUUUUUCCAUGAACGAAUUAAAAGACCACUGUAAAAAUAAAUUAAGGGCAUAUAACUUCUUCUCGCAGGAAAAUUGCCCGAUGUAUAACGACCAAGGGUAUGUAAGCAGCGAAAAAGGGGAGGAUCUACAUAUGAAUGAUGAAAACCAAAAAAAGACGAUGAAAAUGUUUUUGGGAAAAUUAAAAGAUAUAAAGGAAGAGAAACUUAGCAAAAUUAAAAAUAUGUACAAAUCUGAAAAAUGCAACAACCGUUUUAAGAAAGGGUUCUACAUGAUAAAAAGCAAAAUUAACAGCGAAAGUGUGAAGGACAAUUUUACCUACAGUAAGGACAACCUUUGGGGGGAAGUCCAAAAGAAAAAGGAAAAAAAAUAUGAACAAUAUAGUGAGAACGAAUUUGACAAGUAUAAAAAUGUAGAGUUAUUCGAUUUGCAAAACUUGUUUCCACCCUCUUGUGGCACAAACGGGGAAAGCUACGCUGCGGGGAAGCAGCUACCGAAUAGUGCCCACGUAGGUGUAAUAACCAGUGAGAACAAUUACGCGGUUAGCCCAUCCUAUGUAAGAAGUAACACCACAAGUAAUUACAAAACGGGUUACAGAAACACGUUAGUAAAAAACUAUCCUAUGGAUAGAAGCUUUAUCUCCAACACGUCUACCUACCAAGAGGGGAAAUUCGAAAGAGAAAAGAAGGAAAACUCAAUGGACCUAAAAUUUACCCCCAGUUUUAUGAAUUGCAAAAGGUAUGACUUAGAAUUUGCCACAGCUGAUAUGAUAGAAGAGGAGAAGAAAACACGAGGAAGACACAUCCUGCAUAACCUAUCCUUCAAUUCUAAGAGGAAAGAAUUAAAAAAGAAAAUCAUUUCGUAUGUAAAGAGGAAAACGAAUAAGAAGGAAAAAAAUAAAAGCUACGAAUUGACACCCAUGAUGUGGGUUGAAAAAGAGUUACUAAGUGAUGAAAUGCAACUGGGGGAUGAAAACAAAUUGAUUAAUUUGAUCAACUAUGAGGAAGGCACUCACUCCAAUAAAGGCAUCGAGGCAGCCCAUGUGGAGAAUGAAAGGGAUAAUAACAACUUAUCUUUCAUAAAAGAUAAUGACGAGUUUGUAAAUUUUAAAGAAAACAAGGAAAGAAUUAUCCUCCCCGUGAAUAUGGGCAAAAGGUCGAAAAAUGCCGUCAAUUCGAACGUUUCAUUCGCUGUGCCGAAGAGAAUAAUUAAAAGAAAUCGAGACUACCUCAAGUUUUACCGAAGCGGAUAUUUUAGCGAAUACGACAUGCAUAGAAUUAUAAGAAGCAGGGACAAAACCAAAUUUGCAUACUCAAACAGUAUGUAUAAGCAUUUAAAAAAGGCGAUUGAAAAGAAGAAUGGAAGGGGGGAAAAUCAGUGUAAUAGCGGAAAAUCAAACGAGUUUUUCUCCCAAAAAGGUGACGACCAAAUGGGGGAUAACACAUUUGGCGGACCUACACAACACAUAGCUGGGAAAAGCGAGACAGACCACUUCUUAACCAUUGAACAGAUGGACGAGGAAGAGAAACACACACACAAGAACAUUUUUAGCAAAAAAAAAAAAAUCUUCUUCCACAUGAAGAAGAAAUUUCUCAAAUUUAAAAAUAAAAAUAAAAAUAAUUUCUUCAAAGAUAAGAUAAAAAACUUGGUUAAUAUGCAAAACGCAAAUUCGUAUAACGAGUAUAACGACAAGGCAAUCUGCUACGAUGAAAAUGGUCUUCUUGCUCUCCCUGCUAUUGCGGAAAAAAAUGCACCCAAGGCCAAAAAAAAGAUGUUCUUAAUAAAUAUGAUGGAAAAAAGUAACCAAAAUGUGGCGCCCAAUUCUGCAGACGAAAAUGGCCAUGGCAGCACUUCAUCCGACAAUAAUAAAACUGGGACUGUGAAAAAACUGCAGGAAAGUGAACCGAAUGAAAAUUAUUUUAUAGCUAUUCGAAGCAAAAUCAACAUGCUAGGCAGUUCAAAUAGGACGAAUGAAGCGGUAGGUAGUGAGGAGAACCCCCCCGAGCAACGAGAUCUGCCCGCACAAGUUAAAAAGAAAAAGAAGCCAGACGCGACCAUACUCAGUGAUCCAGAGAAUAAAUACGUGACGAACAAAUCCUCAGCGUCGAAGCACUCCAGGAGUAGAAGCAAACUGGUAUACGCUAACAAAGGCAGCUACAUUUGCAGUAAUGGUUCCUAUAAAGACCCGCAUGAACUCACCAAAUAUGCAAAUCAAAGCAGCUUAAAAAAAAAAAAAGAGCGAGAAAAACACUCCAUAACUAUUGCUAUCAGUAAUUAUAAUAAAUUCCUUUUAAGCAAAAAGAAUUACUACACUGGUCUGGAAAAAACGAACUUAUAUCUCAAAUGCUACUGCAACGUUGCGCUGCUCGUAAUUAACUGCUUCUUAAUUUUUACCAUCACGUAUAUAUAUGCGAACAAUGUGUAUAACCUCUUUUUGUGUGCCAAGCAUGUGCACUUGAAAGCGAAGAAAAGGGAAAGAAAAAAACACUCGGAUUUUAACAACAUCGUCCGCAUAAUAUAUCAUAAGAACGUUUUUGCAACAAAUGAUAAUUCGAUACAUAUAAGCAAAAAUAAAAAUAUGUACAUGAAAAAAAAUAUAUUCGCACAGAUAUUUGUGCAGAAUAAAAAACAAAGUGCUAAGACGAGUGUAAAAUAUGACCAGGAAGAGGUGGAGGAGGAGAAAGAGGAAGAGGAAGCUUCAUCGGAUAGCCAACAAAUGAAAAAAACAGACAUGCGAAAUUAUCAUUUUAACCCUAGUAAAUACUAUGAAGAAAUUAAGGAUAAGAAAAAUAUUCUCAGUUUGUACAAAAGCGCAAAGAGCAAUAUUAAAAUGUUCAUGUCGAAGCAUAUGAUUCUGAAUCUCUAUUUGGAAAAGUUUCUAAAUCUUUUCAAUCAUAAAAAUUUUAACCUCACAAAGAUUGUCAUAUCGCUCCUGGGAUACUUUUCCAUUUUAUUGCUUCCGAUAAAAUUCCACCAUUUGGUCAUCGUAAAAUUGUUGCACUUGUACUACAGGGGGUACACGAGGAGAUAUUACAAAAACGUUGUUCUCAACAGCAUCUUGGAGAACAUUAAAAAUGUGAAGAUAAGUUUGAAGCUGUAUAAGCCCAUCUGUUCCUUGAACGAGGAAGAGUGCUGUGCGCUGAUUGAAGAAAUUAACAAAACGUGCAACCAGAAUUUGAAUAUAUCGCAAUUUAAGGACAUCAAUGACGAAUACGACUUGGCGAACGUCAUUAUGACAAAUUUAAGUGAAUUUUCCGAGAUGAAGAGAAUAAUAAGGCAAGAAUGGAACCUCAACCUGCUGAACAAUUCGCCCAAUGAUAAUGCGAACGUGGUUAGUACGCGGAACAACACGCUGUACUGAUUCAAGAAAGGCGCGACCGCGUGAAGAUCCUAAAAAUGAGCGAUCGUUUUAAAAGUAUUAUGAAAUGCCCUUUUUAAUUUUUAACCCUUUACGCCGUACGUACUCGCUCGAAAGCUGAAUUGUACUGCGUUUCAUUCGAAGGUGUUUUUUUUUUUUUUUUGCUUACCUUCUUUCCCUUUUGAAGCACAUUUGUGCGUAGAAGCUAUUUGAUUUGCCACCCUACACCGCCCCUAUAUGUGUAUAUAUUGGCACAUACGUAUAUGUAUAUUUGCACGGCUCCCUUUUUGUCCGUGAAGGGGGGCACCCUUUUCAUUGGGGGGUUCUUAUUCUUUACAACACAUUUUUUGUACAUUUUUUUAAACAGAACGAACUCUCCCAUUUUUUGUAAAAUUUAUUUUUCAUUUUGAAGU